UACGCAUCAUCAACUUCAAGUACACGUUACUUCGGAUCGUUACAUCAUCACAACAUAAAGCUUUCCACGAAAAUUUGUGUAGUUGGCGUCAAAUUGCAAGCGGUAAAAAAGCUUAUAAUUAAUAUUUGUUUAAUUUUGAAUAUCGAAAAUUGGUUUGGUAAACUGCACAGGGCUCGUUUAAAGUCUCUGCUGUUCACAGGCAAACAAGGAGGGACUAAAUUGCAACAAAACAAACUUAGUAAUUCCCUAGUUCACAGCUCACCGGCACAAUCUGCUAGAAGUGCACCUCGUGCAUAAAGGUAUGAUUUGAAAUUAGCCAACAUUAACGGUUCAUUUACAAACCAUGAAUAACGUUGAGAUGCAGUCAAAAGGAAGAGUAGUUUAUGUGAGUAAAACGGAAUCGUUCAGCGCCUGUCAUCGGUUGCACUGUCCUUCCCUGAGUGAUGAAGAAAAUCUUGCCAUAUUUGGGAAAUGUAACAACCCCAAUGGUCAUGGUCAUAACUACAAAGCCGAAGUCAUUCUGAAAGGAAAGGUUGAUCCCAUAACUGGCAUGGUCAUAAAUCUGACGGAUCUGAAACAAUACAUGAAAACAGCUAUCAUGGACCCUCUAGACCACAAGAACAUUGACAAGGACGUGCCAUAUUUCAAGGGAGUUGUGAGCACAUCGGAAAACAUCGCGAUUUUCAUCUGGGAUCAGAUGAAGAUACAGCUGCCUGAUCCGGAACUUCUGUACGAGGUGAAACUUCAUGAAACAGAUAAAAACAUUGUGCAUUAUCGAGGGGAAUAGGCAGAUGGGAGUAGGCGUUGUACGUAUACCAAAGACUGAAUUUUAUUGAGUUUUAAACAAAGCAUGAAAUACUAUAAUGGCUUUAGAGUCAAGUUGUCUGCUUAGCAAAUUUUUCACUGCUGGAAGAAAGGAAAAUCUUGUUGAGCAGAAACAGGGUACCAGCCAAAAGUACAUGUAAUGUACAUUGUUUGUGACUGGUUCCCUGCAAAGUUUUGCUAAGCAGCUUUAUGCCCUACACUGAAAACACUGGCCUCUGGUUUACUACACAUUUCUUUUGUCUGAAUAACUUAAAGGAACACGUUGCCUUGGAUCGGUCGAGUUGGUCUUUGAAAAGCGUUUGUAACCGUUU